AUGACGACCUACAACGGUAAGAGGCUUCGUCGACGAGUUGGCAAUUUCAAGACGCUUGAGGAUGCCCUGGAACUGGAGGCCAAAGCCCUACAGAAGGAACGAAGCAGAAUGGACCAGGAGGAGGAGGAGGAUAUCCGGACAGCAAGAUUGCGUUUUCAGCAGCAUAAGGACAAGACUAUGUCCGGUAUGUUCUUUAGUGAUGCUACCAGGAAGGUCGAUCUCUUCUGGCAGCUAGAUCACAAUGACCAAGGGCUUUGGGCUUGGAAGUACCUGAAGAUCCUCCAGGACUUGGACCCUGAGAAUAGACUUCUUGUCGUCUGGUGCAUUUUCCCGUACCCUCGCCCAAAGAACUCAAAGCCACUUUUCCCGCUCUCCGAUCACUGGGUUGUGGAGAUUAUCACUUCGUGA